AUGUCUGUCCCUUAUUUGGACAAAACCAACGGAAGUAUUAUCAGUAUUUCGAGUAUCGCUGCUCUCAAACCGACAUUUGUUGGACUUUCGUAUUCAGCGUCCAAAGCAGCCCUCGAUAUCGUGUCUAAAGUUAUGGCCACAGAAUUGGGUCCAAGAAUAAGAGUCAAUGUUAUUAAUCCGGGUCCAGUGCUAACUAAUUUUAUAAGCAAUAAUCCGGUGGCGGAUCCGGAAAAAUUUGCCGGAAGUUUCAAUGCAAUGAUUGGACGAAUACCACUGCGAAGAGCCGGGUCAUCCUUAGACAUCGCCAAUGGGGUGGCAUUCCUGGCCUCACCAGAAGCCGGAUUUAUUACCGGCGCUAAUAUUGUGAUGGAUGGAGGGGUUAUUAAUAUCUAG